CUAUUAAAGACUAUGAGACUGCUCAAGCCAAUAGUGAAAAUGACCAGCAGAUUCGGGAGGGGCUAGAACGUGCCCAGAGGAUGCUGAAGCAAUCACAGAAGAGGGAUUACUAUAAAAUCUUAGGAGUAAAAAGAAAUGCUCGAAAGCAAGAAAUCAUAAAAGCUUACAGAAAGCUGGCAUCCCAGUGGCACCCUGAUAACUUCCAGAGUGAGGAAGAAAAGAAGAAAGCAGAGAAAAAAUUCAUAGAUAUAGCAGCUGCUAAAGAAGUCCUUACUGACCCAGAAAUGAGGCGGAAGUUUGAUGCGGGAGAGGACCCACUGGAUGCAGAGAGUCAGCAGGGUGGGGGCAACCCUUUCCACAGGAACUGGAACACGUGGCAAGGAUUCAAUCCCUUCGGUUCUGGAGGAGGACCAUUUACAUUCAAAUUUCACUUCAGUUAGAGCCAAGACUGUUUCUGGUGGCUGCUGCUGUUUUUUAAUUCGUUGAAAAAUAAAAAGUCUCUCAGUUCAAGACCCAAAA